AGAAGUGGGGUGACCUAGGGGCUGAGCCCCAAUAGCUGGUAGAGUUUAUAAUCUGGGACACCAGACCCCUCAGCACCAGCUGUUCUGUUCUCCUCAUCCCCCUGCUCUCUGGCCUCCAGCUCCCCCAGCAGCAUGGCCUUCACCGGCAAGUUUGAGGUUGAGAGUGAAAAGAACUAUGAUGAAUUCGUGAAGCGCCUUGGGCUCUCCAGCGACAUGAUUGAAAAGGCCCGUAACUUCAAGACCAUCACGGAGGUACAGCAGAGUGGGCAGGACUUCGUCUGGAUCCAGCACUGCUCCGGGGGCAAAAACAUAACCAACAAGUUCACCAUUGGCAAGGAAAGCGAAAUACAGACCUUGGAGGGGAAGAAGUUCAAGGCCAAUGUGCAGAUGGAGGGUGGGAAGUUGGUGGUGGACUUCCCCAACUAUCACCAGACCUCGGAGAAUGUGGGGGACAAACUGGUGGAGGUGACUACCAUUGGGGACAUAUCCUGUGAGCGCGUGAGCAAGAGACUGGCCUGAGCCACCA